AUGGCAAACCCUAGAAGAAUUUCAUACCCAAGUAACACAGAAAUUCCAAUUUUCAACACUGAAAUCAACAUCCCCCUUCAAUCACAAACCCUAGCAGCAAGACUCUCAAGAUUGAAAUUCUUCUUAAAAAAGCCACAAGCUUUCCCCUUUUUGCUAUCAAUCUUCCUAAUCCUAACCUGGGUCUUCCUCAGAAUCCAACAGCGGAAUUCACAAUUCCCAUUAAACCCAUCCAAUACCAAUAUCAAUAUCAGAAGAUUCUCAUUCGACAACGAUGAAGAUCAUGACGCCAAUAUCAUCCGAUUCUCUUCUGGGUUCCCAUCGCCGAUAACCAAAGACAACCGUGGCUGGAUGCUCGACCCCGUUUCAAUCGCACUAAACUCCGGAAUUCCAGGCGGAGCUCUAAUUUGUGCUUCAAUUCAUGUCGGUGAAAUCAAACCCGGUGGUUUGAGGGGAAAUCAUCGACACCAUACAUGCAAUGAAACGUUCUUGAUUUGGGGAGCUCGAACAAUAUUCAGAUUGGAAAAUACUGCACUUGGAAAAGGUUUCGCUCAAGUAACUCUCUAUGCAGAUGAUGUAGCAGUUGCUGUUAGCCCAUCAGGAACUGCUCAUGCUUUGGUAAACAUGGAUUCCACUCGAACAACAUUCAUAAUCGGAUGCCAAGAUUGUGUUAACCAACACAAUAACUCCAAUUCCGAUUUCAAAGUCUGGGAAGAUCUUUAA